CACUGUUCUUGGGGUUCAUCACAACCGCCUCUUCUCCCUCCUCAGAAAAUUCUCGCUCUUCUUCAUUUUUUUCCCAAAUUAAAAAUCUACCUUCAAAAUCUCUUCAUAUACUGCUAAGGCUAAUUAUUAUCGGCCCGUUGAAGCUCCAGCUGGAAAAUUUCUAUAUUUCGAAUCGAACCUGAAAAUUUUCGGCAUUAACAGAGUUCGCAGCUGAUUUUCUAUAGAAAGCUAGGGUUUUGCUUGUUGCAGAACUCGCUGGCGGUGGCGGCGACGAUCAUGGCGUCAGAUCAUCAUCCGCCGGAGAACGGCGUCGACGGAGAUGAUGAGAGAGAAGAAGAAGAGGAAGAGGAUGAAGAGGAAGAGGAAGAGGAAGAGGAGGAGGAGGAGGAGGAGGAGGAGGAGGAGCCGAGAUUGAAGUAUCAGAGAAUGGGAGGUAGUUUGCCAUCUCUUCUAUCGACCGACGCCGCUGCUUCGAUCGCGAUCGCGGAGCGGAUGAUCGCGCUCGGAACGCACGAUGGCACCGUCCACAUACUCGAUUUUCAAGGGAAUCAGGUUAAAGAGUUUGCUGCUCAUACUGCUAUGGUCAAUGACCUUAGCUUUGAUGCUGAUGGUGAAUAUAUUGGUAGCUGCUCAGAUGAUGGAACUGUGGUUAUUAGCAGCCUUUUUACUGAUGAAAAGUUGAAAUUUGAGUACUAUCGUCCGAUGAAAACUUUAGCUCUAGACCCAGAUUAUUCACGGAAAUCAUCAAGAAGAUAUGUUGCUGGUGGUUUAGCUGGUCAACUUUUUUUGAAUUCGAAAACCUGGCUAGGUUAUUCUAAACAGGUAUUACAUGAUGGAGAAGGUCCAAUACAUGCAGUGAAAUGGAGGACCAGUCUUAUUGCUUGGGCAAAUGAUGCAGGGGUAAAAGUUUAUGACAUGGCAAAUAAUGCACGUAUGGCAUUCAUUGAGAGGCCUCGGGGAAGUCCACGUCCUGAACUUCUGCUUCCUCAUUUAGUUUGGCAGGAUGACACAAUGUUGGUCAUUGGAUGGGGAACAUGUGUAAAGAUUGCUGCAAUCAGAACCAAUGCAUCUGGAGCAAAUGGAGUGCAAAAGACUAUUCAGGCAUCAAGCACAAAGUAUGUGGAUAUUGUAGCAUCAUUUCAGACUACAUACUAUAUAUCUGGCAUUGCUCCCUUUGGUGAUGUUUUGGUUGUGUUGGCCUACAUUCCUGCGGAGGAGAAUGGUGAAAAGGAUUUUAGUAGCACUAUCCCUUCACGCCUGGGAAGUGCUCAGCGACCAGAAGUUCGUAUUGUCACAUGGAAGAAUGAGGAACUUACUACAGAUGCACUACCAGUGCAUGGUUUUGAGCAUUAUAAGGCAAAGGAUUAUGCUCUUGUGCAUGCUCCUUUUUCAGGAAGCAGCUAUGCAGGUGGCCAGUGGGCAGAAGGUGAUGAGCCUUUGUACUAUAUCGUUUCUCCUAAGGAUGUCGUCAUUGCGAGGCCUAGAGAUGCUGAAGAUCAUAUUUCUUGGCUUCUUCAACAUGGUUGGCAUGAGAAGGCUUUAGCUGCUGUUGAAGCAGGAAAGGGACGGACUGAGCUUCUUGAUGAGGUAGGAUCACGAUACCUCGACCAUUUGAUUGUUGAAAGGAGAUAUGCAGAAGCUGCUUCACUGUGUCCUAAGCUGCUUCGUGGUUCGGCCUCUGUGUGGGAGAGAUGGGUUUUCCAUUUUGCUCAUCUUCGACAGUUACCUGUUUUAGUUCCUUAUAUGCCUACUGAAAAUCCACGUCUGACUGAUACUGCUUAUGAGGUCGCGCUAGUUGCUUUGGCAACUAAUCCAUCUUUUCACAAGGUUUUAUUAUCAACUGUAAAAUGCUGGUCGCCUACCUUAUAUUCUGCGUUGCCUGUUAUUUCAGCCAUUGAACCUCAGAUGAACACUUCCUCUAUGACUGAUUUGCUCAAAGAGGCACUGGCUGAAUUAUACAUUAUCAAUACUCAAUAUGAGAAGGCCCUAUCGUUAUAUGCUGAUCUAAUGAAGCCAGAGAUAUUCGACUUCAUUGAGAAACAUAGCUUACAUGAUGCCAUUCAUGACAAGUUUUCUGCUUUGCAGGUUGUUCAGCUCAUGAUACUUGAUAGUAAAAAGGCAGUGUCUUUGCUGAUUCAACAUCGUGAUAUCAUACCUCCUUCUGAAGUUGUGAGACAACUUUUGGGUGCCAUCAAGAAGUGUGAUAGCAAAUAUUUCUUGCACUUUUACUUGCAUUCACUAUUUAAAGUUGACGAUAAUGCGGGAAGGGAGUUCCAUGAUUUGCAGGUAGAGCUUUAUGCUGAUUAUGAACCACGGAUGCUGCUUCCAUUUCUCGAAAGUAGUGAACAUUAUAGGCUUGACAAGGCAUAUGAUAUUUGUGUGAAGAAAGAUCUUCCUAAAGAGCAGGCCUUUGUCCUGGGGAGGAUGGGAAACACGAAAAAGGCUCUUGCAGUUUACAUAAACAAAUUAGAAGAUAUACAGAAGGCAGUACAAUUCGUGACCGAUCAGCAUGAUGAUGAUUUAUGGGAAGAAUUGAUAAAACAGUGUCUUCGCAAGCCUGAAAUGGUAGGAAUGUUGCUGGAACACACUGUUGGCAAUUUGGAUCCUCUGUGUAUAGUCAGUCGUGUGCCUAAUGGACUUCGGAUACCUAGGUUAAGGGACCGCCUUGUCAAAAUCAUCACAGAUUAUCGGACAGAAACCUCUCUCAGACACGGAUGCAAUGAUAUUCUCAAGGCGGACUGUGUUAACCUUUUGAUCAAGUACUUCAAAGAGGCCAGGCGUGCGAUCUAUUUGAGCAGCAUAGAAGAAGAAACUCACAGGAAAAGGGAAGAUAGCACUUCGAAUAACGAGAUGCUGAGAAUGCCAACUGCAAGAGCGAUUGAAGUCAAGUCCAAAACGAGGGGUGGAGCAAGAUGUUGCUUGUGUUUUGAUCCUUUCUCCCUUCAAAACCUUUCAGUCAUUGUUUUCUUUUGUUGCCAUGCUUAUCAUGUUAGUUGCCUUCUUGGUGGCUCGGAUAGUAUCGGCAUCGAAAGUAGCGAUAUAAUGCAUAGUGGUGAUGAUGGUAGUGAUGAGGAUGGAAACUCUGGUGGGUCUCGGAUGCGUUGUGUGCUGUGCACUACUGCCGGCGGGUGAGCUUGAGUGUAUUUACGAAUGGUGAGAUUUAUUUUUUAUUUCAAUAAUUUUAAUGGUAUAUUUUGUUAUUAUUUGUGCCUGCUGGGUUCAUGUAUUGUCACGGGUUUGUGUAUGCAGAAAUUUUUUUUUCUUCC